AUGCCGCUUCUUGUGCUCUUGGUGUUGGGGCGCACUAUGGCUCCCAAGGCAGUGCUCUUCACUGACUUGAAAGGGUUGUGCCACGCCUGGGACGCUGACCAGAAUCUGCGGACCCGCAUGCGGACGCACAAGCGUCUUUUGUUGGAGAAGCCCCCUGCUGGCCAAGAGCCAGAGCCGAGCACCAAUUCUGUCAGCAAGACCGCAGAGAACGUGCGCUACAACGUGCUGGCGCUGCGGCCUUUGGUGAAGAGAAUGUCUUCGGCUCGUUCGGCCACGGCGUGCAUAGAGACUUUGACAGCAGAGGUCUUGGCUUUCCAUGAGUCGCACGGCUUCAAUCCCGGCAUCAAGGUUGUCUCAGAUGAAGCCUGGGGCCUGAGAUACUUGAUGGGGUGCUUGAAGAAUGUCAUGUGGAAGAAGAAUCCUCCAAGAGAUGAAGUCAUGAAGUCCUUGCUUGUGGACUUCGGGGUGGACGUCGUGAAUUGGAAAGGUGGCGCGCAGAGGAGUGCUCAGGAGGAGAGGCCCUCACCAAGUUCAGCGGGGGACUCUCCAAGCUCAGCUGUGGUGCCUGCAGCCCCGGAGGCACCAGGUGCGGCGCCUUCAUCAAGUUCAGCGCUGCCUGCAGCCCCGGAAGCACCAGCUGCGGCCUCUUCCCCAAGCUCAGCUGUGGUGCUUGCAGCCCCAGAAGCACCAGCUGCGGCGCCCUCACCAAGUUCAGCGGCGGCCUCUUCCCGAAGCUCAGCUGUGGUGCUUGCAGCCACAGAAGCACCAGCUGCGGCAAGUUCAGCGGCGGCCUCUUCCCGAAGCUCAGCUGUGGUACCUGCAGCCCCGGAAGCACCAGCUGCGGCUCCCCCAGUGCUGGAGACGCCUGCUGUGACCCCUGCAGUCUUGGAGCCACCUGCAGCGGCCAGCGCACCUGCAGAGAAGUUGGACGCCUCACCUGGAGCCCGCCAGCCUGAGUUCCGCCAGUCCUUGCUGUCCUUGGCCAUGCGUCGCCAGUUGAUGCUCCGAAUGCUGUCUUCCUUGAAGAAAGAGGAAGAGGUUUUAAGUGUGCAAGCUGAAGCUGCCGCCGUGGCUUUGUGUUCCGCGAGUUCUCCUGCAGACAUGUUGGAGACGCUGCCUUUGCCUGAAGCUGAUGAUCUGCUGGAUGUUUCUUCCCUGCCGCCUCCCAGCGUUGCUCCUUGUCCUGUAAUGGCAGAGGCAGAGGCAUCCCUGGAAGCACCUGCUGCUGCGGAAGAGGAAGACUUCCGUCGGAAGCAGCUCGCUGUGCGGGCAGAAGAGAAGGAGGCUCAGCAAGCUGCACGGGAGGAAGCAAAGAACAACAAGGAGAAGCAGCAGAAGCCAAAGGCGAAAGCCAAGGGCCGACCACGAAAGACUGACGACAAGGCAGCCCCCAAGAGAGCACCCAAGCGCAAGAACACGGAGGAGGCUACGGAGGAGGCUGAAGUUCCUGCAGUUUCUGCGCCAGUUGAGGCGAAGCCCAAGAAGCAAAGGCGCACAGCUGCCAAGUCCAAAGCGAAGCCUGGGCAGUGGGAGUACCCUCCGGAGGUUGACAGGGACAUGAUCCCGGAGUUCCUCGAGGUCAUGAAGCAGUUCAAGGACCAGUCCUACGACAAGUCUGAGAUGACUCUCCACACGAAGAAGUUUGCAGAUUGGAUCACCAUCCCUGUCUACUGGACCCGCCCUGCUGUCGGCAUCAAGAUUGCCACGGAGAGCGGUGUGACACAGCGGUACUACACCGGAAGGAAGUUCAACAGCAUCGCCGUGAACAUCCUGGUUGCCCACAAGAUGGCAGAGAAGUUGGUGGCUCAUCCGCGUGAGUGGGCCAUGAGUAAUGAAGCCAGCACGUGCUUCGACAAUUUGCAGUUGACCGCUGCGGCUGCCCAUGACAAGUUUGAAGAUCUGAGGGCCCGGGGUCUUGACCCGACUGCGCUGGCUGCUAUGGCUGGGUGGCAUCUGCAUGCCACCUUGCUUUGCGGAGCAGCGGGGCCACCUUUCGAUUUGCUGGAGGCCCCCUCGCUGAAGGGACUUGCGGCGCCCCUCCCGCUCAUGCCGAAUGGUGAUGGUGAUGGCGGAAGCUCGGACGAUGGCCGCCAUGGUCCGCCCAAGGGAAAAGGUCCAAAGGGCCGGACGCAAGGGAUGGGAAAGGAAAAGAUGGAAAAGGUAAAGAGAAGGGAGAUGAAAAGGGGCGCCAACGUCCAAGGGAUCAAUGAGGCCAUCUUCUCCAGUCAGGCCACCUUCUGCGCCAAUGGGGAUGGGGCAGUGGGUCUACAUGUGGCUGCCCUAUGGGCCUGGCGGACUGCCAUAUGGACCCCCGCAGCCAGUGCUGGCCCUCCAAAACCGAAGCCCCGGCCAGAUGCGGUGGAGAGAGCUUGCGCUGUCGCAGGCCUACCCGCUGGCUCCACGGCAGGAGCACCUGCUACAGUCCCAGGCUCCAAGGCUAGUGCACCAAUGCCUAAGGCGUGCGGAACAAGUGCAGGGGGAGACCUCGCUACGUCUGGUGAUGCUGUGAUUGCUGCGCAACAAGCUGUGCGCCAUGUGAUGGAGUAUAUGCAGCAACAGAUGGUCAGGGAUCCAGCUGUGUGGGGAGCCUCCGUGUCAGCACCGCCACCCGGUACUACUACUACCACCACCAGUGACGCCGAGCCAGCAGAAGAUGCUGCCUUGAGAAGGAAUGCCUCCGAGCCAGCCCCAGCUACCUCGGCCCGGCGGAGGCGACAUGACAAGGACAAGAGCAAGAAGGAGGACCGUGACCGGUCACGGCGACGCCGCAGGGAGGAAGGUGCUAUGGUGAAGCGCGGCGCUCGCUCUUCUGGCCAUCGCUUUGCACGUGGGGCCAUCCAGAAGGAGAAGCGGCUUCAGCGCGAGCAAAGGGCUGCAGCCAGACCUCCUCGAAGUGCGUGGACAUGUGUCGAGCUGUUCGCUGGCGAUGGAAAUGUCGGCAAAUCCACCAAGUACGGCCUGGUGGCCACCGCUCAGCUCGACAUCCGAUAUGGAGGCCAGGUGGCUCAACGCAACGCCUUCGAUCUUGGACACGCUGCUGGUUUACCGUUUUUUUUGUCUGCUCGCAGUGGUGUGUACGAGCUUCAGCGCGAUGAACGUCGCAACUUCAAAGAGGUCUCCUUGUACUCCGUUUGGGGACACAACCCUGCCACAUGUUCGAGAAGAGACAUCGAGCAUGGUCUAACAGUGAGGAGUUACCCGAUAGCCUUCGGCCUCCGGGUGCAAAGGAUAUUGCCGAAGCUUCUCCAAAAAAAGAGCACCGCCCCGAGACUAGCAACUGAGCCUGCGGAGGGCUGGAAUGCACCUGCCAUGUUCCAGCGCUUGAAUUUUGAAGACAGCUGGGCGGAGGCCGAGCUGAUGGCCUGGAGCUGCAGCGAUCUAGUUCGUGCUGCGGCCACCGUGGUUGACAUGUCUGCUCCUCCUGCCCAGAUGGUGCUGCAAAAGGAGUUGCAGGAAGCUGCUGAGGAACUUCAAGGUAAGACUGCAAAGGAACUUCUGGCGAUGUUGCAGGCUGCAUGGGUCCAAGCGAAGCUGGAGCCAACAGAGGAUUCGGAGGCAACUAGCGCAAAGCCAGUGGUACCUGCAGUACCGUCGGUCCCAGUGGGAAACCUUGCGCCGCACAAACCGCAGGAAGUUCUAGCAAGGGAGCGGCCCAGCGAAGCGGCAGCCUCAACCUUGCCAAGUGUGGCUCAUACACCACCUGCGCAGCCAAGUGUGGAACCAGCACCGGCUCCUGCAGCCCCAGAUGCUGAGACGAUUCCUGCUGACCUGGGCGACCCAGGUGCCCCAGAUGUCGCUCAGACUGCAAGUUAUAUGACCAUCGAUGUCAUUGGACCAGGCUGGGAGCCAUGGGAAUGGAAGACGACCGCACCACCAACUACUAAGGCUGCUCCGAGCCCUACUGUGCCUGACACCCACUUGGACGCCCCAGGCUCCUUCCUGGCGACCAAGGUGGAGCAACCAGAAGUGCCAAAGGUAUCCCUGGGACCAUCCACGGUGCUUUGUGUCAGUUCGGAUGAAGAGCAUUUUCCGGCGGACUCGCAGCUCACAGACCAGCAGCUUCUCAGAGCCAAGACCCUGAGCUUGGAUGAUGCUCACCGGUCUCCGGAAGCCACUGUGGCCAGUCCAGGGCAAAGCUCGCAGCCUGCCACUUCGGGAAAGGCAGACAAUGCUGAAGCUGCAAAAUGGAAGGCUCACUACGAAGCAGCCCUCCAAGAACUGGCUGCGCUGAAAGCUAAGAACAGCCCUGCACCGAAGACUACACCACCUCCCAAGCCCAGCAUGGAAGCCAACCAGUUCGAGACCCCUCCGCAGAGCAAAGCUUUGUUCACUCCUUCCCCUGUGCCGCCUUUGGCCGCCAAGUCCAAAAUGGCAGUUGCUCCAGCGGGGCCUACUGCGAAGCCACCACCGGUUCAAGCACCAGUUGGACAAGCAAAAGCCGGCUCACCUUCAUUCAAGGCACCCCUGCCUCCAGCCAAGAGUUCCCCUGCAGCUUUGCCUUCGGCCGCUGGGACUCCGAUCCCUGUGCCUAGCGCUGCUCCUACCUCUCCGGCGCCAAGUGUGGCUGAAGGCCUGCAUCCAGAUGAGGAGGAACUCGCGGAACGCUUUGACAUGGACCACCAGGAAUACGACGAAAAAUGGUUUACUUUAAAUCAUGAGUUAAGUCCUCACGCGUUGUACAUGCGCUUGAAGCGCUUGUGUGGCCGUACGGCGGCCGGCAAGUUGCAGGUGCCAGAAAGCAUCCACAACCAGUGGCUUACUGGCUCUCGGGACGAGUUGCUGCUCGCUCUCACCCGUAGCCUAAAGACUCAUGGUUUCGACCCCAGUGCUCGCACGCGCAACCUAGUGCGGGGCGAAUUCGAAGAGCAACUGGCACGCUUGCACGAGCAGUCGCGUUCUCGCGAUGAAGAAAUUUCUGGCGGGUGGUAUCUCGAGGAGCGCUUGGAGAAGGACCUUGGAUGGGGAAAGCCAUGGCGCUAUGAUUCCGACCAAACGGAAUAUUUUGUGCAAACGUCGGAUACAGUGAAGCUGAAGAAGUCGGAGCUCGAGCGUUGGCUUCACACAAAGGAUGGCAGUGAGGGAAUGCCUGGCGACCAGUUGAACCACAUGGCAAUGCAUGAUGAGCCACUUGAAGCUCUGCCGGAUGGAUCCAAGGGUGCUGUGCCCAUGGGGACGGUGCAGGAACUGGUGGACAACCUGCGCCAGUUCACGGACUCGGUUCACCAGAAGGCUUCUUCCGUGGUCAGCUGGCAGAAUGCUUUGGAAUCUAUGACCAAUGAGCGUGCACAAAAGUUCAUGGCGGACAGCAAGGAGAUCUUGGACAAGUUGGAGGCGUGCUUCGAGGCCCUCGCAGAGUGUGCCCACACCGUGGACUCGCGCCAGAAGCCUCUGGAAGAGUUGCAGAAGAUGGUGCAGGAAGCCAAGGAGUUUGCCCGUGCACCGUGCGUGAAAAUUUUGGCCUUGGAGCAUCGUUACAAGUUGCUGAAUGCUGAAAGGAAAGGCACCAAGCGCCCUCGUGAGAACGGGCCGGAGGGUGGGAAUGGAGAUGGCGAGCCAGCUCCGAAGGCCGGUGCGAAGAGCAAGGCUAAGGCCGCGGCCAAGAAGAAGAAUGAGGUACUCCUGCAGCAUCGGCGGCUUCUUCCAGCGCUGCCUGCGCUGCUGCUGCGGGUCCUAGAGUUACACCCUGGCGUCCAGUCUAAAGCAUUCGGUUUGGGCAAGGCUCCUGCCAUUCAAUUGGCAGAGCACGCGCAAGCAAUUCUGGCAGAUGAUGCUGCCUUGGGAGUGCGACGCAGUGACCCAGUGCUGCAACGCCUUGCUUCUGGAAGCUCGCAUGCAGCCAGGGAAGCUUUCAAAGCCUUUGACCAUUCUGGCUUGCGUGGGCCAAUUGAUGUCAGUGCUGGCCAGAUUGGUGAUGAUGAGCGUUACCCGUGGAUCAAACUCACAGAUAUGGUGAAAGCCUUGAGCAAGCUCCGACGUGUGGACGUCUUGCUGCCAUCUUCGGACUUGCAGCAGGCUCGCGCCAUCCUAUCAGAAUAUUGGCGAAGGUACCAUCUCCAAUACCCAAACUUUGAGCUGUUCGACUUGGAAUUCACCCCUGAAGACUACACACUUUUGAUCCCCAUAAAGCUGCACGGCGACGAGGGGAGAAGAACCACCAAGUCACAGAACCAAGCAGAAGAAAAACAGCAAGCAGCCCAAGGACUCAACAUGAUGGGACACGUGCUGCAGACGCGCUUUCUUCUCUUUGCAGCCCUGAAGGAGACGUACUCCGAGAACCCUGAAGCGCUGGAUGAGGCCAUGGCCAUGGUGGCGUCAGAUCUCCAUUGCGCCCUUCACACUGGCGUUCCGGUAGUGGUCAACGGACUACAGCUUCGCUUAAGAUUCUGCGUCUGCUCGGUCAAAGGUGAUUGGCCGUUUUUGAUCGAAGCAGCCCACUUGGAACGUCACUUCCGGCGUGCACCAAAGCGUGGAGAGUCCAGCCUGGCUUCACCGGGCGUGUGCCAUCUAUGUCUUGGCGGCGUUUCUGGCAUAUCCUACACGGACUUUUCCACCUCCCCAGAUUGGGAAAGAACCAUGGACUCUGCUGCUGCCCAAGUUCCUUGGCAUAGCGUCAGCCCCUGGCACAGUCUUCCUGCCAUCAAGGACUUCCGUCCGUUUACGUUUCGGCCGGACUUGUUUCAUGGAUUUCACCUUGGUCAUGGACGCUACUUUCUGUCUAGUGCCCUGGUGGUUCUUCAACAGUUGGAAGAAGGGGAUGGAGUGGAGACGCGAUUCCAGCAGCUGAGUCGCAAAUGGCUGCAAUACUGUCGAUCAGUUCGAGAACGGCCGUACCUGCAAAAGAUUUCUCGUGAAUCUUUAGGCUUCAUGAGCCAUUUGGACUGGCCGGAAGGCAAGUGGCAAAAGGGUAGUACCACAACACUUUUGAUGGAGUGGCUGGAGACUAUGUUGACUGACGACUUUGUCACUGAAGCGGCUGAACGUGAUGGCCGCGUGCCAUUCAUAGCCGUUGCUGUGCGACAUAUGAAUGCUGCCUUCCGCAUGCUUUAUCGUGGCGGCGCUUGGUUGGAUGCCAGUGAGGCUUCUGAGAUAGCGCGCCGCGGGCUGUUGCAUUUGAGAGCUUUCAAGCAUUUGGCAGCGUUGAGCUUGGGUCUUAAAGCUCUUGCAGCUUUCAAGCAGAAGAUUGCAGUGGGUGGAGAACCCGCUGACGGAUUCUUGCCAACAGGGAUUGGCAGGUUGACCAGGCCAUUCUACCAUGACCGGACGAAUUCCCCCCCGAAGACGAACUGCGAAGACGAAUUCCCCGAAGACGAAUUGCCCCCCGAAGACGAAUUCCCCCCCCGAAGACGAAUUCCGAAGACGAAUUCCCCGAAGACGAAUUCCCCCCCGAAGACGAAUUCCCCCCCGAAGACGAAUUGCGAAGACGAAUUCCACGAAGACGAAUUGCCCCCCGAAGACGAAUUCCCCCCGAAGACGAAUUGCGAAGACGAAUUUCCCGAAGACGAAUUCCCCCCGAAGACGAAUUCCGAAGACGAACUCCCCGAAGACGAAAUUGAACUGGGCCCCCAGUUCCAGGAACUGGCGGAACCAUG